CGACACGCUUCCCUUGUAAGUCCGGCCCCCGUUCAAUAAGCCCGCUCUAUACUAGCUUGAUACUCUCCGUUGCCGGGGAUACCUACCCUUCUGUUGACAUAGCUGUUACUAACCAAUCCAGCUACUUCCCACAGAGCCCUUCCCAAGUUGAAGCUAUCACCAAGUCCGUCGUCACCUACCCACGACACGACACACCCUCCCACCACUCGAGCACCACUCAGCAAACCACCACCCAGCCAAACGAACCCCUAGACAACCUAACCGCCACAAUGGAUAUCCGCGUCCUCCGCCCCUCGGACAUCCCGCUGAUCCAGCACGCCAACAUCGAGAACCUGCCCGAGAACUACUUCCUCAAGUACUACCUGUACCACGCGCUCUCGUGGCCUCAGCUGUCCUACGUGGCCGUCGACGUGAGCCGCCCGGCCAAGAGCGCCUACGACUACCCCAAGAUCGUCGGCUACGUCCUGGCCAAGAUGGAGGAGGAGCCGACGGACGGUGUGCAGCACGGACACAUUACUAGCUUGAGCGUGAUGCGCACGCAUAGGAGACUGGGUAUUGCGGAGAAGUUGAUGAGGCAGUCUCAACAAGCAAUGGUAGAAACCUUCGGCGCCCACUACGUCUCGCUGCACGUGCGCGUCUCCAACGCCGCCGCCAUCCACCUGUACCGCGACACUUUGGGGUUCAAAACCGAAAAAACGGAAGCCAAGUACUACGCCGACGGCGAGGACGCCUUCUGCAUGAAGCUCGACCUGGGACCUAUCCGCGAGGCUCUUCAGAACGAGCUUCUGGAGCAGGACGGCGAGAAGAAGGAUAAGGACUCCUCCUCCAAAAAGAAGCAGAUUGAAGACGGCGGAAAGGGUGGUGGAUCGGAAGGUGUGGAUGAGGGUGAGGCCGUUGGUGAUGUUGGUCGUGAUCCGGAGGCUGCUGAUUCCAAGAAAGAGGAUAAGACGGUCAAGGUCAAGGUCGGUAGGGGGUUAGGAGUUGGUGAGUUGGUGGAGAGGGAUGAGAGUAAACACUAGAAUAGACUGUCUGUUGUGACGACGGUCUAGAAAGUGUAAGGGGAGAGAAGAUGAGCGUUGAAAUUAGACUUGGCAUUACUGCUGGCUGGGGUUGGGAAAAGGAAAGGAAAAAAAGAUUCUUUUGCUUUACAGGAGGAGACUGGCGUCUAGACCCUACCUACCCUGUUCGAUCACUUCGAAAACGGUGGAAAGAAUGAAUACCCGCUUAGUGGACAAUGACGGAAGCAUGUGAAGGACAUGUUGAUGAUUGUGAGGCCAGCUGUUUGUUGGUGUAGUCAAUACCCAUGCUGCCAUGGUAUGAAUAGUAAGGAAUGAAGCUGGCAUGCUGGACGAAAAGGGGUAAAGUAAACAUUGAACAACAGUAAGAUCGCCCAGAAAAGAGGAGGUAGGCAAGAAUAUCACGGUAUAAAACUAUUUCACAACGGAGAACUCCAAAUGUCU